AUGCAGAAGCCCAGCGGCGACCUGACGGAGGAGGACAAAAGCAGCCGUGAGGUGAUGGACGGCUCGAAUAUAAUGGAGUUGGUUGGGAACGAGAGAGUCUUCAACGAGUUUGUGGACCACAAGUUUGAGGAGCUCGACGGCGACCGCGACGGGAAGCUGUCGGUGAAGGAGCUGCAGCCCGCCGUUGAGGAUAUCGGUGCCGCCCUUGGCUUGCCGGCACAGGGGACUUCGCCGGAGUCCGAUCAUAUUUACUCUGAGGUUCUUAAUGAAUUCACACAUGGUAGACAAGAGAAAAUAAGCAAGAUUGAGUUCAAAGAGGUACUGUCAGAUUUUCUACUGGGCAUGGCAGCCGGCUUGAAACGAGACCCUGUUGUGAUUCUUCGAAUAGAUGGUGAGGACCUCCGUGAGUUUGUUGAGAGUUCAAGCUUCGAACCAGAAAUGCUGUCGGUUUUUUCGGAAAUUGAAUCAUCACAUGGAUCUCUGAGGGACUGUGUCGUGAAGGCCUUUGAGAAACUCACGGUUGAUCAGGGCAUGCCACCUGCUACUGAUCCUUGGGUCACAAGUAACAUUCUUGAACCUGCUAUGGAAUCACUUGGGCCUGCCCUUGAGCAGCUUCCCAUUUCACAGGAGACAUUUUUGGCCGAGUUCAAAAAAGCUGCUGAGAAAGUGGUUCGAAUUCUCAAAGAGCAACCGGCUAUUGUUGCUCACAGCCAGAAUACUUUUGAUGGCUGUGGCAUUAAGAGGCUAUUGUCCAACAAAUUUGAGCUCGAAAAGACACUCAACUCUGCUUUAAAGAUCGUACCCAAAGAUCGGCAUGGGAAGAUAUCAAAGGAAUAUUUGAGUGUUGCACUUGAUUCUGUGGCUGCAUCUGCCAACUUGCCUCCUCUUGGCGCUGUUGAUCAGAUGGAUAAAAUCAUGACUGAGGCUCUUAAGAUGUUUGAUGCUGGUGAUAAGAAAACCGUGAAAGCAGAAGAGUUCAAGAAGCUUCUAACAGAAGUUUUGGGAAGCAUUAUGCUGCAGUUACAAGGGAACCCGAUUUCGGUCUCUAUAAACUCGGUCGUGCACGAGCCCCUUGCUUCAUCUUCUACCCUUCUCCAGCCAUCAUCACCAUAA